GAGGUUGCAAUGGCUGCAGCUGUUUUUGCAAGGGGCGCCGGGGUCUGCAGCGCGAAGCUCCCGCGGCCGCUGCUCCGCACCCAGCGCGCCUUUGCAAACGGCGGAGCGCCCGGGCGGAGGCCACAGUGCCAGCAAGUCCCUGCGGAGCCGAGGCUGACUCGCACGUGGCAGCAGGAUGGGAUCAGGAACAUUGUUUUGAACAAUCCUCUCAAGAGAAAUGCACUUUCGCUCUCCAUGAUGAGUUCCCUCCGUGAGGAUAUUCUGCGCGAUAUUGAAAGCACCGAUCUGAGAGUCAUUAUAAUUUCAGGAGAAGGUCCCGUUUUCUCUUCUGGGCACGACUUGAAGGAACUGACAUUUGAGAAGGGCGAGAAGCACCACAGAGAAGUCUUUGAGACCUGCUCUGAGGUCAUGACGAUGCUCCCCAAGCUACCUGUUCCUGUAAUCGCCAAAGUCAACGGCUUGGCCACGGCCGCCGGCUGCCAGUUGGUGGCCAGCUGUGAUAUUGCUGUGGCCAGCGAGAAAUCCAGGUUCGCCACACCGGGAGUGAACGUCGGCCUGUUCUGCUCGACGCCUGGAGUGGCCCUGGGAAGAUCUCUCCCGAGAAAGGUUGCGAUGGAGAUGCUCUUGACGGGAGAGCCCAUGACCGCUCAGGAGGCUCUUCUGCACGGGCUCAUCAGCAGGGUGGUCCCAGAGGACAAGCUGGAAGACGAGACCCUGAGAAUCGCCCGCAGGAUAUGCGAGAGCAGCCGGCCUGUUGUGGCUCUGGGCAAAUCCACCUUUUACAAACAGAUGGAGCAGGACGUCGGCGCUGCCUACAGAAUGGCCUCCCGGGUCAUGGUAGAGAACCUGGCCCUGCAGGAUGGGCAGGAAGGGAUCAAGGCCUUCAUUUCCAAACGCAAGCCGGCCUGGUCGCAUUCCUGAACCGAAACCAAAGAGCCAAAUCGAUUGAGAUCGUCAUAGCUGGUGCCUCCUUUCUCUGAAAAUCCUAGGGACUAGCAUCUUGUUAAAUGCGAUCCCUUGAUUACACAACAGGUCUGCCUUUGAAAAUGACCGCCUGUCUGACACACAUUGAUCUGUUAAUCUGUAGAUAUGCAAUAGGAAAGUGAGGCUGGUUGCAAUAUCAAAACAAAGCGGACUUUAAUUCAGGCUUCUUUCGAUGCUAUGUAGAUAUAGGAAUAUAAAGAACUGCCUUGACACUGAGCCAGACCAUUCAGCCAAUACUCUCACAGGCAGCCUCUUUCUCCUCGAGUGUUGUCGUGGUUUUAACUGGAGGUGCCAGGGAUAGAACCCAAGGCCUUCUGUGCAAAGCAUGCCACUAGUCUUAGCCGCUUUCUGAACGGCAUGCCAAGUCCCACUGUGGAACCUUUUAAAGAACUGUUGUCUAUACAGUAUUAGCUAGUUAGAUCUGAUUCAGGGAUGGGGGACCUGUGACCUUCCAGAUGUUGUUAGACUACAACUCCCAUCAGUCCCUGUUGGCAUGGCUGAUGGGAGUUGUAGUCUGUCCACAGCUCAAAGACCACAGGUGCCCCUUCCCCUGUUUUAUGGGUUGGCAUCUUUGCUACUAGCCAGCUCUGAGUCUGCAGCCCCUCCUGUCUUCCACCAUAGAGGAGAGAGCCGAGACUUAUCUCCAGUUGCCGUGGAUCAGAAGACCCCUACACACAUUUCCCAAAGUUAUAUCCCAACACAUUCAUGCGGGUUUUGGAAGCCAGCCUUGGAUGAAUAGUAGGUUAUCAAUAGGCAAUGAUUGGAAUGGGGAGAGGUGUGUGUGUGGCCUGGGCUUCCCCAACCUAGUGCCCUCCAGAAGUUGCUGGGCUACAGCUCCCAUCAUUCCUAGCCUGCAGACGGGGUCGAUAGGAGUGGCCCUCUGAGGACAGCAGGCGGGUGCAGGCAGGGCCUUGGGAGCCAGGCUGCAGGGGAGGGUGGUUGGAGAAGCUCAGAAGAAAUGGAUUCCUGUGGGAACAGGACCUGGAUCAAAAAGACAAUGACAAAUGGCUGCCAGGUUUGCAUUUUCAGCAAAGAGCUUCUCAGCAAAAAAAGAGGAAGUGUUCCAGAAAUACUCCCUAGUCCCCUCUCCUUGAUCUUUAUUAGAUCUUGGAUGAAUCACAUAGGAGUUUUGCUGACAGAAGCUCUUCACCAAGAGUCUGCCCAGCCAUGAUCUUCCUGGUUGCUGCAUUGCAUCCGGAUAGAGAGCAGACGUGAUUUUUUUUCUGCAGCUAGCCCCAUAAGCCUAUGGUAUAAAAAAACCGGGAUGUUUGCACCAUCUUCCCAGAAAGGCACAGGUGAGAUGUAUUUCUGAUAAGGUCAUAUCACAAGGCUCCGCACAGGAAACCCCAGCAAUUGCCCCUGCAGUUGCCUGACUUAUGACCCCCCACCCUCACUAAGCUGGAAGGAAUGCCCUGAAUCAUUUUAGUAAACUGGGUUACUUUGUAUGUUGAAAGGAGGAAGUGAGCUACUCCUUGCAUGGUCGCCAGAGGGCGAUAUCCAUUCAUGUUGUAAUGCAUAGUGCCUUUUUUGGUCCUGUAUGGGGUUUUUUUUAGCUUCCCUGGUCUGAAUCUAGGAAAUAAUUUUAAAAAGCCAAGUAUUUUAGCGUUAUGCACCAAGUUCUUCGAUCGUUAGCUGUUUCUGAUUUCUAAAAUGUGUGAGUUGUUCUAAACAGCCCUUUAAAAACAGCUCUGAAUGCUGCAAUAGAACCAGCUGCUGUUGAUGAUGCUCAGAGCAAUCUAGAGCUUGAAUGGGGCCUGGGGAGAAGAGGAGCCGUAGGCUGUUGGUCCAUCUAGCUCAGUAUUGUCUAUUCUGCACUGACUGGCAGCGCCUCUCCAAGGUUUCAUGCCAAGAUUACAGGUUCAAUCCCCAUAUGGGACAGCCGCGUUGCAGGAGGUUGGACUAGAUGUUCCUCAAGGUCCCUUUCAACUCUGCAAUUCUAUGAUUUCAUGACAUUCACACAGCCUUAAGUGGAGACGCCAGGGAUUGAAUUUGGGGCUGUUUGCGUUCAAAACCAAUGCUGUGCUUCUGAGUUAACGGCCCUUGCGUAGCUCAGUAGCAGAUCAUAUAUUUCACUGGCAGAUCCCAUUUCAGCUGAAAAGUAUCUCGGCUGGGCUGGAGUAGAUCCUCCCUAGCAGAGAUCCAGAGAAGCCACCUUCUAUGUAUGUUAGCUCAGGAGUGAGCCCCAAGGCCUAUGGCAAGGAUGGGGAAUCUGCAGCUCUAAAGAGGUUAUUGGGCUCCCAACUCCCAUCAGCGUGGCGAGUGGUCAGGGAUGAUGGGAGUUGUAGUCCAACAGCAUAUUGUGGACCACAGGAUCCUCGGGGCUACAAACUUUGCUAUGAUCCCCUAAAUGCCAUUGGGGUGCUCUGCAAGACCUUGUGUCAUAAAUCCGUGAAGUCUUUGAUGAACCUUGAACUGUUUUUUUUUCUGGAGCACCCUAACAUAGGGCUGCCUCAUAUGUUGUUGCAAGUUCCUCUCAUCGGACCCUAAGUGGAACCUCACAGUUGAUGGAACAUGCAUUGGGUCGGCUUGCUGGUUGAUUCACACCACCAACUGCUUGGUUAAAGUUACAGGUAGGUAGCCGUGUUGGUCUGAGUCGAAGCAAAAUAAAAAAAUUCCUUCAGUAGCACCUUAAAGACCAACUAAGUUUAUAUUUUGGUAUGAGCAUUCGUGUGCAUGCACACGAAAGAGAAGUUUCUGAAUUGGAAAUCAUUACCAAGCUUAAAACCAUGGAAGCACCUGGGAUGAAUAGAGACAUCGGAUUCUUAUCUCAUUAUGCAUGAUCAAGCUUUCUUUAGCACCUCAGCCCAGGACUAAUUGCAGCCAUCAGCAGCCAUUAACAGCCAUCUACAGGUUUACCACUCCCAUCAGCCCAUCACCCAUUCACCCCCACCACCCUCUGUAUAUAUAUAGGGUCUGACACUUCUGUUUCUAGUGUAUCUGAAGAAGUGUGCAUGCACACGAAAGCUCAUACCAAAAUAUAAACUUAGUUGGUCUUUAAGGUGCUACUGAAGGAAUUUUUUUAUUUUGCUUGGUUAAAAUCACUUCCUAAGGGAGUGGCCUAUAAAGGUUCCCCGGAGAUCUUUCUGGAGAUAGCAAAAACACAGCUGAAAAGCGGAACUGAUUUUAUCAGUUUCCCUUCCCAUUGGAUCUGGAAAAAGAACAACCAGGUAUUUGUAAUUCAGGUUUUGUGCAGAGUCAUCCCUUAAGCCUCAGGGCAGGUGGGGAAGAAUUGCCACAGCUUUUAUUUGCAACCAUUUGAUCACUGUGCAGAUAUAUAAAGCAAUGCCAGAUUUAGGUUUUUCUGACUCCAGGCCAGAGCUUCCCCCCCCCCCCCGUGUGUUCCUUAAACAAACACUAACAAUGUCUUUCUGUUGUGUGUUGAACCUUGGCUAUUCCAUUCAAGCUUCGCGGGUGGUGUUGGUUGUGCAACAGGUUUAUUAAACAGGGCUAUUUACAAGUCCCUGGCAGGGCUCCUCACAGGCCUGCAGCAGGGACCCUCCUCCUACAAAAGAAAAAAGGGGGGAGCCAAGUGUGUAGGACACCAUUUAUUCCCAGCGAUUACCAUUUAGAAUUUUUUUUUUUGCCGUACUGUGGACACGUUGAAAGCAAUUGUGAACUUAAUGGUUUUGAGCACAGGUGGGUGAUAGCCGAUGCACCGGGUUCAGCUCCAUGGGCCGCUGAUUUCAAACAUUCAGUUGCAAGGUGAAAUUUGACAUAGCACCAAGGACAUUGUUCUGUCGGUGGAAGCAUUCUCUUUCCCUGAUGGAAAUAGCUCCCCUUUGAGAUUUGGGGGAGGCACAGGAGGGGAGAAGUCCCAUUGCGCUAAAGUUCUUUAAAAAAUAAAAAUAAAGAACACAUUUUUUUAAAAAAGUGAAGUGAUCAUUCUGUGAUAUUACGACAAUCCACAAAGCUGUACUGUAUUGUAACUUUGGAAUAAAUGUGUCGUUGGAGCCCUUGCACUGGUUUUUGCUAAUAGAACUGGGCAGUUGAUACUGGCCUGCAGAGACUUGACAACAAGAAGAGCCCCCCCCCCCAAAUAUAGUCUGCCCCCCAAGGUCUGAGGGACAGUGGACCGGCCCCCUGCUGGAAAAGUUUGCUGACCCCGGAUCUUGCUCAGUAAUGCCAACAUAGACUGGCAACAUCUCUCCAAAGAUCCAAGCAGGGAGGUUUUGCAUGGGACCUUCUGCAUGCAAAGCAGAUGCUGUGCUCCUGUGUUACGGCUCUUCUGUAAUACAGUACAAGCAAAAUUGCUUUUUCACAAGCAAAAUGAGCUUAGCGAACUCUUAAUGUAGGGACACAGGCAGACACCUCCUAUUGAGUCAGACCAUUGGCCCUGCUGGCUCAGUCUUGUCUACACUGGCUGGUAGUGGUUCUCCAAGAUUCCAGACUGGGGAUGUUCCCAGCCCUGCCUAGAGAUGCCAAGAACUGAACCCAGGACCUUUUGCAUGCAAAGCAAUGCUACUGAAGCAAGGCCCCAGAUCAUUAUUUUUUUUGUUGCUCUGUUCCACAUUCCUCCUAGUGUCGUGUUUUGCUUGCUUGCUUGUUUCUUUUUUACUGGAGAAGAAUAAAGCUGAGCCUUUUGUUGCAGCCCAAAGAGUGACAAGCACAUUAAGGGGGGAAACUUGUUAAAAUACAUAUUUUAUUCAGUUAUGAAAAAUACAUGUGUGUUAGUAUGUUAUUUUUAAAAGUGCUUUAAAACUGUUUGCUGGGAACCAAGAAUGUUGCAGAGACUAGUUUUGCUAACCGUCGUGCUCUCCUGCAUCAAAGUUCUAAAGGACUCUCUAAUGCCAAGUGUUUAAAGAAUCAAACCUUUGGAAAACAAAGGUGUGGUCAAUAGUUCUUCAGGCUUAGCAAAGUUGUUAUCGCUGUGGUGUUUGCUGUGGAAAUAGAAACUGAUAGCUAGAGCUCAAAAAAGAAAGAAGGAAAGAAUGCUCAAAAGUUUUCUUCCAAAGAAUCACACACUUGACACAUGGACUUGUGAUGGGUCAGUUUUUCCAUGUCAUAGAAUCAUAGAAUCAUAGAGUUGGAAGAGACCACAAGGGCCAUCCAGUCCAACCCCCUGCCAAGCAGGAAACACCAUCAAAGCAUUCCUGACAGAUGGCUGUCAAGCCUCUGCUUAAAGACCUCCAAAGAAGGAGACUCCACCACACUCCUUGG